CCGGGGCGCCCCUGCUGUCUCCCGUCCUGCUUCGCCAACGCCGUUUGAGCCUUCCGGUCUUCCGUAGCCAUUCGUCGUUUCGCUUCGCUAGGUUCCUCUGCGGCGUUCCCACGCCUACUCAGCUGGGUCCUUUCUCCGCCCAAGGAAGGGCGCUGUUGGCUUCCACGACAGGGACUGGGCUGUGGUGAUGGCGGCUCAGAAGAUAAACGAGGGGCUGGAGCACCUCGCUAAAGCAGAGAAAUACCUGAAAACUGGUUUUUUAAAGUGGAAGCCAGAUUAUGACAGCGCUGCUUCUGAAUAUGGAAAAGCAGCUGUUGCUUUUAAAAAUGCCAAACAGUUUGAGCAAGCAAAAGACGCCUGCUUGAGAGAAGCUGUUGCCCACGAAAAUAAUAGGGCUCUUUUUCAUGCUGCCAAAGCCUAUGAGCAAGCUGGCAUGAUGUUGAAGGAAAUGCAAAAACUACCAGAGGCUGUUCAGCUGAUCGAGAAAGCCAGCAUGAUGUACCUAGAAAAUGGCACCCCUGACACAGCGGCCAUGGCGUUGGAGAGAGCUGGAAAGCUUAUAGAAAAUGUAGAUCCAGAAAAGGCUGUACAGUUAUAUCAACAGACAGCUAAUGUGUUUGAAAAUGAAGAGCGCUUACGGCAGGCUGUCGAGUUACUAGGAAAAGCCUCAAGACUGCUCGUACGAGGACGCAGGUUUGAUGAGGCAGCACUCUCCAUUCAGAAAGAAAAAAAUAUUUAUAAGGAAAUUGAGAAUUACCCAACGUGUUAUAAGAAAACAAUUGCUCAAGUCUUAGUUCAUCUGCACAGAAAUGACUACGUUGCUGCAGAAAGAUGUGUCCGGGAGAGCUACAGCAUACCAGGCUUCAAUGGCAGUGAGGACUGUGCUGCACUGGAAAAGCUUCUCGAAGGAUAUGACCAACAAGACCAAGAUCAGGUGUCAGAGGUCUGCAACUCACCUCUCUUCAAGUACAUGGAUAAUGACUAUGCUAAGCUGGGCCUGAGUUUGAUGGUUCCUGGAGGGGGAAUCAAGAAGAAAUCACCCGCAACACCACAGGCGAAGCCUGAGGGUGGCGCCACCACAGCUGCUGAUGAAGAGGAAGAUGAAUAUUCAGGAGGACUGUGCUAGUAUUAUGCUUGGGAGAAACAAAAAAGAAUAAGAAAGGGUAAAAUCCUGACAUGCUACUUCGUGGACUUGGAACUUAUUUAAAGAGAUCUGUAGUUUGUUGAGAUCCUGAUCUUGAAUGCUAAUAAAGAAUGAUUUUCAGUAAUCCUUUCCCAAGUCACCCAUUGUAUUCACUACCUGUGAAGCAUUUGUUUUUCUUUCCAUGAUAAGAUUAUUGUAAGACACCAGCAGAAUUAACAGAAAAUGUAGUGUCAUGUUUUAAUACAGUUGGUUUUAAAAUUUGCAAGGCAAAAGGCCAGCAGGUAGUAUGUAGUUAGAGGUGCUGGACUCCCACAUGGCUGACCACGGUUCGAACCCCA